GAGAGCGCUUGGUGGGGGGCAUCAAUCGCUUGAGAUGUCCGGGGAAUACCCCAACCCGUACGAGGGCUCCACAGAGUUCUCCUCCAGCUGCUGCCUUGUGGGGAACUUCUCCUUCAGCCUAAACGCCACCCACAACAACAACAACAACAAAAACAACCGCUCCACCACAAAUUCGUUCCAGCUGUCCAACAUCAACAGCAAAGAUAAAGUGGGAUACGGCGGGGACGGCUCGGCCGCGCUGAGGAUCACCAUCUCUUUAAUCUACUCCGUGGUCUGCGCGCUGGGACUGAUCGGCAACCUGCUGGUGCUGUACCUGAUGCGUUCCAAACACGUGUGGAGGAAGUCCUCCAUCAACCUUUUCGUCACCGGGCUGGCCCUGACGGACCUCCAGUUCGUGCUGGUGCUGCCCUUCUGGGCGGUGGAGAACGCGCUAGACUUCAAGUGGAUCUUCGGCAAGGCCAUGUGCAAGAUCGUGUCCUACGUGACCGCGAUGAACAUGUACGCCAGCGUCUUCUUCCUCACCGCCAUGAGCGCGGCGCGCUACUGUUCCCUGUCCUCUGCGCUUCGGGGUGGCCGGCGCGGUGACGGAAGCGGCGCGCGCUGUGCGCGUUGCUUUUGCUCCGCCAAAUGGAUCAGUGCGUUGAUCUGGUGCGCCGCCGUCUCCGCGGCACUGCCGCACGCGGUGUACUCUACCACGGCCACAGUGUCAGAAGAGGAGCUGUGUCUGGUGAAGUUCCCUGACGCACCGGGGGACGCGCAGUUCUGGCUGGGGAUGUACCACGCUCAGAAGGUUCUAAUGGGCUUCGUUGUCCCGCUGGGGGUCAUCAGCGUGUACUAUCUGCUGCUGCUGCGCGUCAUCCACUCCAAGCGCGGCAGCAACUCGAGCGCGAAAAGACGCUCCAAGGUGACCAAGUCCGUGACCAUCAUAGUGCUGUGUUUCUUUCUGUGCUGGCUGCCCAACCAGGCGCUAACGGUGUGGGGCAUCCUGAUCAAACUCAACGUGGUGGACUUUAGUUCCGAGUACUACACGACGCAGGCGUACCUUUUCCCCGUGUCAGUGUGCCUGGCGCACUCCAACAGCUGCCUGAACCCCAUCUUAUACUGCCUGAUGAGACGGGAGUUUAGGAAGGUGCUGAGCAAACUCCUUUGGAGGAUCACGUCGCGGUCCGUGACCAACAUAAGGCCGUUCACAGCCACCACCAAGCCGGAGCCAGACGAGCAGGGACGGGUCCUGGUUCCCAUCCACUCCCCUGAGGAGCCGGUGGCGUUCUACCCGCCCGGGGCUGUGGUCUACAACCAAAGGAACGACGCUCUGCCGAACAGUACAUGAGGCCCGGGCCGAUCUGACUGGGAAUGUUUGGGUCGAAAAUCGUUGAUUUGGCCAGAUGACUGACGACUGUAAAAGUACAAUAAUAGCUAUAGCUGUCUGUCCGUCUGUCCGUCUGUCCGUCUGUCCGUCUGUCUGUCUGUCUGUCUGUCUGUCUGUAAUGUAUGUAUAGGGACACAUUAAGUAGGCUACCUCUAUAUGUCUUCAAUGUCGUCAUUACAGACUCAAUAAUUUACUGGCACAUUUUGUUGUUAUUGAUUUUAUAAGAAAUACAAUAGCGGUCCCCCAAACAUAAAUUUAUGUAAAUGUUAAUAUUUUCUAUGGUUAUGUCGACGUACUUUUGUACGCAUUUCAAGAUGAUCCACAAAAGGAACUGAAGCAAGAAAAGGACAGGACAUAGAAAAACAAACAAUGCAGGAGCCUUUCAUUGCGAUGGAGAGAGCAUACUUAUGUUUUCCAUAGGGGCCCAGAGCUGUGAGUGUGUGAGUGAUCUCUCCCUGGGGACCCCUUCUCCUGGUCAAGUGUCUCACUAAACAGACAGUGUUAUUCAAUCAAAUUUUCACGGCCUUCCUUUUAGAUAUAAAUUGACUGUCACCACUUCUUGGUCUGUUUUGUUUUCGACUCCAGGUCUAUUUAUCAUUCGAUGUCUUUAUAGACAUUUAUUAAUGUCUCACAAUGUGAGACAUUAUCGUGUCAGUUGUGAUUCUCAUCAUACAGAUGUGUGUGUGUGUG